ACUGGCCGGGCAUCUGUUUCGGCAACUCUACACCUCUGUAGUAAAGAAAUAAUAAUAAAUUUACCAUGGAUAAUUUACAUGAUGGAAAUAGAAAUAGCCAGCAUCCACUGACAGAUUAUCAAUUCAGUUCUGACGAGUUGAAGGCGUUACGUGAAUGCAACUCCGAGUCGUUUUUCCAGCGUUCAUUGCCCUUUGGCACAGGAUUGGGCCUGUUGGCCUACUUUGGCGUAAAGAACAAUUACUUGCAGGGCAAUGGCAAAUACGGAGCAGUGCCUAAAGUUGUGAUGGGCGUCAUUUUGGGUUAUUUUGUAGGCAAGUUCAGCUACCAGCAAAAGUGUGCAGAGAAAAUCAUGCGAUUGCCAAAUUCAAGACUGGGUGAGAUACUGCGACAGCGUCGACAGGGCGGCGGUGUGUUAAACUCUAUUACACCAGAUGAAAAUCUGGGCAGAGCAUUCACGCUGUCGCCCUUUACGCCCAGCUCGGCGGAUGUGUAUUCGGAUGAGAGCAUGAAGCCUUUGAAGCGAAAUACAUCGCUUAAUCUGGACACAGACUCGCGUCCACAGCUUUCUGGACUUGAUGACAUAUACAGGCCUAAUUUAGAUACCAGCAGCACAAUGGUAGACCCAGAGCUGCCGCUAGAGCCCGCAAAACCGGGUGAAUCCUAUGAGGAUUUGCGCAAAAAGAACCGCGAGGAGUACAAUAAGCGACAACAGUCUCCCUACUCACGUCCAUAUGAUGCACCAGUGCCACAACGUGCUGCGGAUCCGCUGCAUGAACAAAAUGUGGGCAUGCCCGCAGGCAGGAAAAACAAAUAUGGUGAUGCCUGGACAGAUUAGAAGACUGUCUUGUUCGUUU